CAUUAAACGAACGCGUGUGUCUGUCGUUUUCACUUCGCCUGACUUUAUUCCUGCGUCGCAACGUCUACGCAUCUGUCGCAGUUUCUAAAUUUCUUGUUCCUAAAGAAGCAGAACUUUAUAAGUAUCCAAAGAGAACAAGAAAAAUGGUGGAUGCAGCUACGAAGAAGACUUUGUCAAGCUUGCCUUUGUUAAAAACGAACUGCGGUCCGCGCGAUCGAGAGAACUGGCCAACACGUUUGAAAGAGGAAUACCAAGCUCUGAUUAUUUAUGUUAAAAAUAACAAGGAACAAGACAAUGACUGGUUUAGGCUUGAAUCUAAUAAAGAAGGCACAAAAUGGUUCGGAAAAUGUUGGUUUAUAAUGAAUUUACUGAAAUACGAAUUUGACGUCGAAUUCGAUAUUGCCGUGACCUAUCCAACCACAGCUCCAGAAAUAGCGUUGCCAGAAUUGGAUGGAAAAACUGCAAAAAUGUACAGGGGAGGAAAAAUUUGUCUCACUGAUCAUUUUAAGCCACUCUGGGCAAGAAAUGUUCCAAAAUUUGGGAUUGCUCACGCUAUGGCACUUGGACUUGGUCCAUGGCUUGCUGUAGAGGUUCCAGAUUUAAUAGCUAAAGGCAUUAUUGAGCAUAAGCAAGCAUCUUGAUUAUUGUUUUUUUGAUUAUUUUUAGGCUCAAUGAAUAUUAUCCACCAGAGUAUGGUUCACUCAUGUUAGAUACUAUCUCUCUCUAGCACAAUUUGUUCUCAAUAUUGACCCAGAAAUCUAAGAUAUAAUUCCAAAAACCAUCAUAUUUAUGCUUUUCUUGUUGUGUCUUUUUCAGAGAUAAGAUCAUACAUGAGAUAAAAAACUUUAUUUUCAUUGUCAAUUGUUGCUACAAGAUAAAAAGGAAAUCUUGUUGGUUAAUAAAUUAUUCAUAGAUUUAAAAAAAUGAAAUUCUUGGUGAAGUAAUGGGUAAAUGGCCAUGAAUUUAUACAUUUAAAUAUCUACAUUAUAGUUCAUAUAGUGAAUUCGUUUUUUGAUCAGGAAAUAUUGCAAUAUUUCUAAAAUCAAGAAAUUACCUUCUCAAUUAUGACUAAUUUCGAGUUCGAGUUUACUUCAACAAUCAUGGAGUGGUGUUUUUGUUAUUCCUUAUUGAUCAGGUUCCUUCAUUUAAAAGGGGGUUUGUCUUUGUAAUCCAUGACAGACAAAACAUUUUACUGUUAAAGCAGGUCACAACCAUUGCAAGAUAGCUUGUGAAGUUGUGAUGUCUUUUUAUUUAUCAGAGAGUAUUCGUCUGUAGGAAUUGUGAUCAGAAUCUUUACCAAAACAAUGAACUUCCCUAUUGACGAGCAUUUGUAUUAUAUAUGUUAGUUAAUUACAUACAUGGUUUUGAAUUUAUAUCUACACAUUUCACAGAAUUUAAUGCUCAUAUGCAGGGCUGUCUAAAAUGAAUUGGAUACAUUUGAAAUUGGUUAUAAUCAAUAUAAUAUUUUUAUUCUAAAUUUUUUAGUGUCAUGAUUUGAUGCCUAAGAAUAUGUUGAACAUAAAAAUAGACUUCAAUUUGUUUAUGACAUUUUAACAAUUCAAAUAAUGUCCCAGCUAACUUGAAAUACAGGAUUUGAGUUUUGUGAAUUUACAAUUAUAUGUGCUAAUUUCUAUGUUGAAUACGUUCCAAUUUAGAAUAUAAUAUUCCAUAUUCAAAAAUGUAUCUGUAAUAGUACAUUAUUCAGUUUUGGCCUUUAUGUUUAUGUUCCUGUAGCAUGAUGCCGUGAUGAACUGCCCUGCUUUAGUAUAUGUGAACUAUCAUGGUUUUUUUAUUCAAUGUACUGACUUAGACUAAAUCAGCUGUCAGCUUUUUGUCAAAUUGCAAUCAUGUUUAUGUUGCAAAUUGCAAUAUAUGAAAUGUUCAGUGAAUGAGGUUGGAUCGGAAUAAAUGCUAUUCAAAAAAGCCUUGGGAAUUUCUGUUUUUCUGGAUGUUUUCUUAUUUUCUAUCUCUUACAAGGAAUUUGUGAUUUAUAAUAGCUUAUAUUAUAUGAGUUUGGUGAAAAUUUCAUUCAAUUAAAAUUAUGUCUUGUAUGGUUAUUCCUAGUUUCAAUCAAAUAUUGUGUAUUUUGGUAAAUUUUAUGGUGUUGUUUUAAAUACAG